GAGCUUACCAGCUUGAGUCAAACCGCCGCUUCCUCGAGGGCAGUGAACAGAGAGAGCGCGAACUUCAUCUCUCUCCCUCAAAAUCAUUUAACAAUUUGAGCUUAUCGUCGCCAACCAGUGCGUGCAGUUUCUUAGACUCAAAUCCCGGAGCUCGAAUUUUCAUUUGUACCCUGAUAAUGGUAGCUUCAAUGGAGCUUUUGUGCUGUUUCCUAAAAGAGCGAGCUUUAAUUGCAAGAAAUUUUCUGUAUCCUGCUCUUCUUCACUUCUCCUGACCCACUGUUAGUUAAGGCUGCAAGAGGGGAACCUAUAAGUCAGCCUCCAGCAUGGAUGAUGUGCCAAGCAGGAAGUUAUAUGGCUGUCUACAGAAAGCUUGCAGAGAAGUACCCAUCCUUUGGAGAAAGGUCAGAGACAACUGAUCUUAUUGUGAAAACUUCUUUGCAGCCCUGGGAAGCCUUCCAUCCAAAUGCAGCAAUAACUUUUUCGGACAUACUUACACCGCUUACUGCUUUUGGUGUUCCAUUUGAUAUUGAACAAGUGAGAGGCCCUGUCAUUCAGAAACCUAGUUUUUCAGAGGAGUGCUUGAAGGUAUUGCAUCCAAUUGACCUGGAGAAACUUCAUUUUGUUGGGGAAUCCCUUAAGAUUUUGGGGCAAGAGGUUGAGGGUCGAGCUGCGGUUCUGGGAUUUCUUGGAGCACCUUGGACAAUUGCCACAUAUAUAGUUGAAGGGGGAACCACUAGAACGUAUAAAAUCAUAAAGAUUAUGUGCCAUACAGAACCACAUAUAUUAAGAGCUCUUCCCUCACAUUUAACUGAGGCCAUUUCAGACUACAUCAUUUUUCAAGUGGAGUCUGGGGCUCAUUGCAUACAAAUAUUUGAUUCGUGGGGUGGACAACUACCACCUGGAUAUGUGGGAGUGUUGAUCUAAGCCUUAUAUCAAAGAGAUUGUGGAUGGAGUAAGGAGCAAAUGCCCUAAGAUACUUGUUCUCUACAUUAACGGAAAUGGUGGCCUCCUUGAGUGUAUGAAAGGAACUAGAGUUGAUGUCAUUGGACUUGAUUGGACUGUAGAUAUGGAACAUGGAAGUGAUUGGGUACUGGGAUUGAUGUGCAAGGAAAUGUAGACCCUGCAUACCUCUUUCUCCACUUUCCACAAUUACUGAAGAAAUUCAAAGAGUUGUCAAGUGCACUGGGUCACGUGAACACAUUCAAAACCUAGGACAUGGCAUUCUGGUUGGGACACCUGAAGCUGCUGUUGCACAUUCCUUUAACGUUGCAAGAAAUUUGAAGUAUGGUGAUUCUUUCCAUGAUAAUAAAGUGGAGGAAUCUAAAUUAGUAGUUUGACAUUUUGAGGGCUUAAUAUGAGCAACAUUUAGCAAUUUUGUUCUAUUUGUUCGUGAGUUAUUUGUUAAACUUCACCUUACCCUGCAACAUAGCUACUCAAUCUCAAUCUGCUUUUACAUGCUUUUGGGGGCCAUGGAUCAACAAGCUGAAAAUUCACUCACUUUUGAAGUGAGUGGUCAAUCUGGAGAAUACCAGAAUUUUUCAUCUUCCUGUAACUGCUGAUACAGCUUCAUUCCAGCUCCUGAAUCUAGGGAGAUGUUAAUUAACUUCUAUGUAAAAUUGCAAUCAUCUUUAAGCAAUGCCAAUGGUUUUAGUAUCUCGCCAUAAGUGGCAUCUAAAUAAUUCAACCAUUCCUCACUUUUGGGACCUACUUUGCUAGGUUGCUAAGCUUUCUCAAAGUUUGUGGAGUUCUUUGUAUGGUGAAACAAUGGAUCUUAAUUAUUGCUUAAGAAACACAUUAUUUUGCU